AUGUCCGCCCAAGCUCAAAUGAGAGCUUUGCUCGACCAGCUCAUGGGAACGGCGAGGGAUGGGGACGAGACGCGGCAGAGGGUCAAGUACUCGGACGAGCGAGUCUGCAAAAGUCACCUACUGGACUGCUGCCCACACGACAUCCUGUCGGGAACCCGAAUGGACCUGGGAGAGUGCACAAAGAUCCACGACCUGGCGCUUCGAGCUGACUAUGAAAUUGCUUCCAAGGAGCGAGAGCUCUUCUUUGAGCUGGACGCGGUGGACCACUUGGAGUCUUUCAUCGCAGACUGUGACCGCAGGACGGAAGUGGCCAAGAAACGCUUGGCGGAAACUCAAGAAGAGAUCAGUGCAGAAGUGGCGGCCAAGGCAGAGAAGGUCCACGAGCUGAACGAGGAAAUCGGAAAGCUCCUUGCUAAGGCCGAGCAACUCGGCGCCGAGGGAAAUGUGGACGAAUCCCAAAAGGUCCUGCACGAGGUGGAGAAGGUCCGCAGCAGGAAGAGGGAAGCUGAGGAGGAAUACAGAAACUCUAUGCCGGCGUCGAGUUACCAGCAGCAAAAAUUGCGCGUUUGCGAGGUUUGCUCGGCUUAUUUGGGUCUCCACGACAACGACCGACGUCUGGCCGACCACUUCGGUGGCAAGCUCCACUUGGGCUUCAUCCUAAUCCGAGAGAAGCUUGACAAUCUUAAGAAAACGGUUGUGGAAAAGCAGGAGAAACGAAACCAGGAUCGCCUUAAGAGGCGGGAAGAACGAGAGAAGGAGGAGAAGAUGAAAAAGCGGACGAGAUCCCGCAGCAGAGAGCAUAAACGGUCUCGUUCCCGCGAGCGAAGGAGGCGUCGCUCGCGCUCCUCGUCGCGAGACAAGCGCCGUUCGCGCUCCCGAUCUCGCGACAGGAAGCGGCGUCAGCGUUCACGCUCCCGAAGCCGAGGCCACCGUCACAGCCGUGAGCAGAGCUCUAGACAUAAGUCAUCCAGAGACCGCGAACGUUCUUCCAGGGACAGAUCGCAGGGACGCGAGCGGCGGGACGGCGUCAACGGCAGGUCGGACUCUCGCAGGGGGGACGACAGAGAAGACCCGUGA